UCUAUUAUUAAUCUAUACAAUGGGAAGACUUCGCCGUAAGAGAACACAUCAUGGUAUUCGAGAUAAUUAUCGUAAACAACGUACAAGAGCAUAUACUCGUGAUCUUGAUCAGAUCCAUGGUGAUUUGAAGCCUGAAAAUUAUGAAAAGCUGAAGCAUCAAGAAAUUGAUACAGAUUUACCCGGUCUUGGUCAACAUUACUGUGUUCAGUGUGCUCGUCAUUUUAUUUCUGAAAAUCAUUUAACAGAGCAUUUGAAGAGUAAAUUACACAAAAGAAGACUUAAGAAAUUAGAAGAAGAACCAUAUACACAAGAAGAGGCUGAUCGUGCAGCAGGGCUUGGAAAACCAGAUAACGGUAAAAGAGGUGGUAGAAUUGUGACAGUAACUCAAGAUGUGACAAUGGAAGAAUCAUAAGUUAUAUUUGCUUUAUUUUUUUUGUUUGAUUUCACUGUAAUAUAUUAUAUAAAGAAAGCUGGUUUAUACUAAUUAAAAUAAGCUAUACCUUUUCAAGGGAAAAGCCUAUUUUAGCUUCUUUCUUUUCUUAUAAAUAUUUUGGUUGUUUUAUAUAAAUACACAUGAUAUAUAGUUCUCUUUUUUUUUUUUUUCUUUCUUUCCUUU